GAUGCAGCAUUUUCAAGAGAGGCCGCUAGUUGUGCGCGAUGGGACAUAAUAUUGACGCUUGUAUCCCCGAGAAAUUCAGUUGCAUGUGUUUCAUGUGGAAAGACUUUCUGCUUCUUUCAUUGAUCAUUCGGACAUAUGUAUGUCUUCUGGAACGACUGAUGAUGUCCACCGCGAAGAUUUCAUGAUUUGAAGGCAGCAGUUGCAGCAGAGCCUCCAGCAAGUGCAGCAACAGCUUCAGCAAUUGCAGCAACAGGUAAGCCAAGGCAAGCUAGCGCAUUUGCAUGUCAAGACUGAAACGACUGAAGCACACUCCAAGUAUAGCUCCAAUGGCAGAUGGCUUGUAACAUGGCAGCUGUGUUCAAUAAAUGGCUCACCGACUUUGUAAGAAUUGAAUUCAAGCGCCAUGGACCACUUCAAGGUCACAUUACCACCAGUUUGGUGGCUGCGUUUAGACAACCGACUGGUUCAAACUCUUGCGUUCAGCACUGCCCCCGUCCCCCCACAAAGAGGUUUCUGCCACAGACAUUGCUUUGCAGGUUGUGUUGAGACGACAUGAAUCCUAUCCAAAGCAGUGUAAGUCUAAGACUAAGAUGCCAACAACACCGAAGCAGGGGUGCUUGGUGGCAGGAAAGAAGCCCGAAACGCCGCUUCAUUCGCAGCGCUCCUUGUUAGAGCAGCUCCGGGCUGAACUGGCUGCGGAGCGGCGGCACAUGCAGGAGCAACAGCGACUGCAAAUGGAGCAGGAGCAGCAGAAACAAGUUCAGCAACAGCAUUUGCUUGAGCAACUCAGUCGACAGAUGCUUCAGACUCCGCAGGAUCAGCCACACUUGUCCUCGGAGGUUCAGAGGAUGCUUUCGGAGCUCAGGACCAGUGGCGAGGCCACCAUAGCAGAACUCCGCAUUGCCUUGGAUGAGCUACGCCAAAGCAAGCAGCGAUUGGAUCGACAGGCCUCCAUGCCUGCCAUGCCCUUUCCGGAGCAGGCCUCCAUGCCGAUGCCUUCUGCGAUGGAGCAGGAGACCACUUCGUUGCCAAGGGCCUUCCGCAAGCAGAGCCCGUUGUGGGAGGAGCCAAUCCAUGCACCACCAAGCCUGCUGAGGAGUCCUCCGGCAGCUCCCCCAGACAUCUUUGGUGUCACGAUUGCCGGCUCUAAGUCCGAACCAGCUUGUCCACAUUGUGGACAAGUCUACCUUCCAAACGCGUUCUUUUGCCGAAGCUGCCAGAUGAAGCGUCACCUUCCUGAGGUGUUACAUCGGCUACCGCCUGGGCGAAGGCGCGGGCAGCCAGUCCAGCCCCUACAGGUCCCUCGGUCGGUGAUCUUCGACAAGGAGCUGGCACGGUGGGACUCCAGGGCCGAGCAGCUAGAAGCUCGCUUCCGGCGGCUGCGUGACGCACGACGCUAGGAGCUGCGACUGACCAAUGAAAUGGCGACGUGUAGGGUUGAGACCACAUCCAGACUUGAUGCAUCUAAGUCAGCCAGUUGUCCUGUUGAGAGUAAUCUUCAACGCAGACUCGCAGACCUUAAUUGGUGGUCUCAGGAUUUUGCAGAUGCUUACAGACUCUCUCCCUUGUUGCCGGGGGCUAUGUUUUGAUUGGACAUUUGUACCCUUUGACUGUCCUUCAAGGUCCUGAAUUAGCCACGACAGCAAAGGAGAGAUUGCAGUCAACUGCAACUAAUGAAUCUUGGCCAAUGCAACUCCCAGGUGGCUUAAAUUAGAGCAACCUGCCAGAAGAAAAAUGUUACGCAUCAAUUCCACAGCUUGCCCAGAACGAAGUUGUGU